GCAUGCGCGCCCGCCCCCCCCGCCUCGCGCAGGCGCAAAGGCGCUGAGUACGGCGGCCGGGCAGGGACACGCCGAGCCGAGAUGGCGGCGGCGGCGGCCGGCGCCUCUUCCUCCGCGGCGGGGAGCAACGGGGCCGGCGGGAUGGAGGUGGACGCGGCAGCCGCCCCCUCGGUGAUGGCCGCGGGGGUGACGGGCAGCGUCUCGGUGGCCCUGCACCCCCUCGUCAUCCUCAACAUCUCCGACCACUGGAUCCGCAUGCGCUCCCAGGAGGGGCGUCCCGGGCAAGUGAUCGGGGCCCUCAUCGGGCGCCAGGAGGGCCGCAACAUCGAGGUGAUGAACUCCUUCGAGCUGCUCUCGCACGCCGUGGACGGCCAUGUCCUCAUCGACAAGGAGUACUACUACACCAAGGAGGAGCAGUUCAAGCAGGUCUUCAAGGAGCUGGAGUUCCUGGGCUGGUACACGACCGGGGGCCCCCCCGACCCCUCCGACAUCCACGUGCACAAGCAGGUGUGUGAGAUCAUCGAGAGCCCCCUCUUCCUCAAGCUGAACCCCAUGACGAAGCACACGGACCUGCCUGUCAGCGUUUUUGAGUCCGUGAUUGACAUCAUCAACGGGGAGGCCACGAUGCUGUUUGCGGAGCUGACCUACACGCUGGCCACGGAGGAGGCCGAGCGCAUCGGCGUCGACCACGUGGCCCGAAUGACGGCCACCGGCAGCGGGGAGAACUCCACAGUGGCCGAGCACCUCAUCGCCCAGCACAGCGCCAUCAAGAUGCUGCACAGCCGGGUCAAGCUCAUCCUGGAGUACGUGCGCGCCUCCGAGGCCGGCGAGGUGCCCUUCAACCACGAGAUCCUGCGCGAGGCCUACGCCCUGUGCCACUGCCUGCCCGUCCUCAGCACCGACAAGUUCAAGACGGACUUCUACGACCAAUGCAACGACGUGGGGCUCAUGGCCUACCUGGGCACCAUCACCAAGACCUGCAACACCAUGAACCAGUUCGUCAACAAGUUCAACAUCCUCUACGACCGCCAAGGCAUCGGGCGCCGCAUGCGGGGGCUCUUCUUCUAGCGGGGGGGGGGGACCCGGGCCCCCCCCGGAGCCACCCCAGGACUGUGUCCCCCUCCCCGGAGCCGAGGGGCCGCGGGGUGACGGCCCCCGUGUGCCCCCCCCCCAAUAAACGUGGCUCCGGGACGGGAA